AGAAAUUAAUUUUCGUUGGAUAUUUUCAUCCCAUCGGAGAUUUUCUUGCCUAUUUAAUAAUCAUUAUCCGUCGCAACGGAGUACAACUGCAGCUUCACCUACUGAGUCAGGCCUACAACGGUUCCGCCUCAAACCCUGCGAUCGAGCGGCGGGAGGCAGAGGAAGAUUGCGACGGCGACUGCAAGGGCUGAUACUAAUGAGUAGCAACUUUUAUACAGGGUUUACUCGAUUGUGCAAGGGUCUUUCCGUCAUCCUAAUUGGAGGAUAUGUUUUACUCCAAAUAUUUCCCUCAAUUCUUCCUUAUGUUGCUCUUAUUCCCUCAAGGACAAUUCCAUUUGCUUGGAAUCUCAUUACUGCUGGUUACAUUGAACAAUCAAUUUUAGGGGUGGCGAUCAGUACAGUUGGCCUUCUUUCAUUUGGGAAGUUACUAGAGCCAUUGUGGGGUUCAAAGGAAUUCUUGAAGUUCAUCAUAGUGGUGAAUUUACUGACAUCAAUCUGUGUCUUUGUAACUGCUAUUGCUCUCUACUACAUAACAAGACAAGAAAGCUAUCUAUACACACCAUUUUCUGGCUUCUAUGGGAUUCUCUCAGGUUUUCUGGUAGGCAUUAAACAAAUUUUACCAGAUCAGGAGAUUUUGAAGAUCAAAGCAAAGUGGAUACCAACUCUUGUUGGCUUGAUCUCAGUUGUCACAAGCUUCUUCACGACAAACUCUGUCUCUUAUCUUCCAACUUUAUUGUUUGGCAUGUAUAUGAGUUGGAUAUACCUACGGUACUUCCAAAGGCGGGUAGAAACAAGUCUUAAGGGAGAUCCAAGUGAUGAAUUUUCUUUCUCUAGCUUUUUCCCUGAAUUUUUACGGCCAAUUUUGGAUCCUAUUGCUUCUCUAUUUCAUUUGAUUUUUUGUGGAAGAAGAUCCAAUAGCUCUGGUGAAUCAAGAGGUUAUGAACUUGAUGACUCUCCAUUGCCUGGUUCUGAUUCAAUUGAAGCAAACAGGAGGAGAGAACGGGGAGCACGGGCACUCGAACAAAGAUUAGCUGCCGAGAAACCAUCUGCUGUAGAAAAAUCAGAUGGAGCUAUUGAAUCUGUGUAGUUUCUGAAAGAAGUCUUUUGCCGACUAAUGUGCUUGUUAUUUGUAGAAUGUUAUAUUUUUGUCUGGCCAAUCCUUUAAUCUUUCAAGAUUACUCAAGAACUAUAACGAUUCAUAUUGCAACCAUGAGAGUUAAAAUGAGAAUAAUUUUCAUCAA